CAGUGAUGAUAAUUUAUAUACCGCUUACAUGCCCAAAGGAGCUUCUAAAUCGGCUUACGGGUUUAAAAUCAAUACCAUUACGUUUGUAACCCCGCACCAAAUUAAAGUAUGCGCCAGUCUCCCCAAAGCCGAGUCCGCGCAGGGCGCGGCGGGAGAGGUAGUUCCCGCUGGCCCUGCUUGCCCCGGCGCCUUAUGGACGAGAGGACUCCACCUCCCGUCGUCCCUUGCGGCGGAGCGUUCUCACCCCUAUCAUUGCCCGCGCGGGGCGCGCCGGGAGCCGUAGUCUCGCCGCCUUUCCUCGGCCGCGCGCGCCUCAUGUCGGCGAGGCAAGUAAACAAACUCGCUUUCCCGUCGUGCCCCGCGGCCGAGCUCACAGAGGGAGGGAAGGCCGCGGCCCCGCCGCUCCUCUCACGGGCCAGGGAGGGUUGUGAGGAGGAGGAGGCGGAGGAGGCGGCGGCGGCGGACCAAGAUGGCGGCGUCGGGCUCCGGGGCCGCGGCGGCGGCGGCUGCGGCUGCGGGAGCCGGACCGGGCUCCUCCUCGUCGUCGUCGGGCGGCGCUGCGGCCGCGGGGGGCGUCGUGGCUGCUUCGGCCGCGGCAGCCGCCGCCGCGGCGUCCAACCCCCGCAAGUUCAGCGAGAAGAUCGCGCUGCAGAAGCAGCGGCAGGCCGAGGAGACGGCGGCCUUCGAGGAGGUGAUGAUGGAGCUGGGCACCACACGGGUAAGGAGGACGACGACGAGGAGGGAGGACGGGACGGGGGACGGGGAAGGCGAGGGCGAAAGGCCGCCUCGCCGCCCGCCUGCCCCUCGGCCGGUCCGUCCCUGAGGGGGCGCUGCGGAGGAAUGGGGGAACCGACUUCCGGUGAGGGGUAGAUAUACGGGGGUAGCGACAUCCGGUCUUGGGGGGGUGGGAGAACGGGGUGGGAAGGGAGCCAAUGACGGGGCGCCGAUUUGGGAAGGGGAGGGCGUGGAUUGGUUGAGGUCCUGGGGUGCAGCAUCAGUUAAGGAUGGGUGUGGAGGGGGGGAACCCGGGUGGUGGGGAUCCAAUGGUAGAGUUGGAGGGCGUGGAUUGGACUAGGCGGGUGUGAGGUCAUGGGGGGCAUCCUCAGUUGAAGAUGGGCGUGUGAGAUAAGGUGGUGGUGAUGACGUUGGGUCUCUUGGAGGAAGAGAUGUUGAGUCUUAAGUGCUUAAAUGGGUGAAAGGGAGAGGUAGUGGGGGACUUGUUUUGGGGUCAUGGGGGGUCAUAAGGGGAGGGGGUGCUGAAAGAGGUCAUGGAAGCGCCUUAGGGAAGAUGGUGGUGGCUGUAAGGAUGUGAAUUGGCGGACGCACUCUGUUGGGUGCUGUCUUAUUUAUCUAUUUUCGAAUAGAUAAAUGAGAGGGAUGCGGGUGGCGCUGUGGGUUAAACCACAGAGCCUAGGACUUGCUGAUCAGAAGGUCGGCGGUUCGAAUCCCCACCACGGGGUGAGCUCCCGUUGCUCGGUCCCUGCUCCUGCCCACCUAGCAGUUCGAAAGCACGUCAAAGUGCAAGUAGAUAAAUAGGUACCAUUCCUGCGGGAAGGUAAACGGCAUCUCCGUGCGCUGCUCUGGUUCUCCAGAAGCGGCUUAGUCCUGCUGGCCACAUGACCCGGAAGCUGUACGCCGGCUCCCUCGGCCAAUAAAGCGAGAUGAGCGCUGCAACCCCAGAGUUGGUCACGACUGGACCUAAUGGUCAGGGGUCCCUUUACCUUUACUUUUAAAUAAGGAUCUCAGAGGCCUACGUGGGUCUCUUUCUUCACAAUAACCCUGUGAGUUAGGUUAGGCUGAGAGGCAGUGACUGGCCCAAAAUUACACAGUCAUGGCCAAGUGGGGAUUCGAACCCUGGUCUCCCAGGUCCUAGUCUAACCCCUGCACCAAACUCCUUUCCUCAGGUCACGCACUCCACCAACGGCAUGCAACCCACCCACCCUCUGGAAGGUUACCCACUAUAUUUCUUAUAGUAUAUUCUCUUGUAUUACAAUUUGAAUUCUGUGGAAUUCUCCAGUUCAUUGCCCAAUUGAUGGAGUUCUGUGGAAUUCAAAUUGUUAUAUGAUAAAAUUCGUAAGAAAUACUAUUAAGGAAUCAUCCAGCAUAGCACAUUACGAUUGCCACAACAGGUAGGAAAACCGUUACGUGGUCUGCUGAGACCCUGAGCCAUUUUUAAGUGGUCUGCUGGGAUGAAAUGUUUGGGAAUUGCUGGCUUGGGAGGUAAAUGAGGGUGGAACUGUCUGUAGGAGAGCAAUGGCUUGAGAGUUGGCUGCGAAUGAAUCAGGUCAUGGAGGGACCCUAUCUAGGGUAUGGCCUUGUGUAUUUGAGGUGGGCGUCAUUAGUGGGCUACUGCAGUGUAGGGUCUUGUGGAAGAGUAGUAUUCUCAGGGCUGAGGAUUCCCAUUUCCCCCAAGAUCAAUGUUAGAACUGAUGAGACCAUUGUGGAGGCACACUGUUUAGGGAAGGGGGGGGUCAUUGAAACACUCGCAUAAGGAAAAGCAAGGGAGAAGGAGAAGUAGAGAAUAGGGAGAGUUUGGCCUGAUUGGGUAAUGGCAUGGAGCACUCCAUAGAGGAGGAAUCUGGGGGAGGGAUGUACUGCAAUAGGGGAGGUGGGCUUGAUGGGGACACCGCUGUGUUUUACAGUAUAGAAUGCUUAACUGCUGAAAUCAGCUACAGAUUUUGAUGAGCAUCAGUGCAAAUCUUCCCCACAGACUGGAACAUAGGAAGCUGCCAUCUACUGAAUCAGACCAUUGAUAAAUUUUGCUUAGUGUUGACUCCCCUGCCUGGUAGCAGCUGCCCAGGAUUUCAAGCAGAGUUCUUUCCCAGUCCUACCUGGAGAUGCCAGAGAUUGAACCUGCAAAGCAGAUGUCCCUUCCCUUGGAUAGGGCAAACUGGUAUAUCUAACAUGGCCAGAGAGGGCACUUGGGAUAUAAAGUGUGCACAGGUGUAUUAACCAUGAAUUGCCAUUCACGGAGGGAUGAGGUUGUCAGACCUAAGCAGCAUAGUGAGAACAAGCUUCAGGCCUCGCUGGCAGAAAGGGGACUUGAUACCAGUAUCUCUGGGUUACUCAGAAAUCUCUCCCGUCCUCAAUCUUUUAACAACUGAAUAUCCUAAGCUGAACAUGUCAAAAGUGGCUCUUAUACAUUGACUCUCUGGUCUUCUGGAUACUGCCUCAUCAGCCCCACCCAGUAUGGCUGACAGGCAGGACUGAUGGGAGUUGUAGUCCAGCAAUAUCAGGGCGGCAGGUUCUCCCACUGCCUCUCUAACAGAAAUCCUCUUGCUUGAGUUUUCUUCUACCGUUGUUUUUGGGUUUCCAGGGAGGAAUGAGGCUGUCCUGACAGACUUGCUGAGGUCGUUGGUUCAUUCAUUUAUCUCCCUGCGUGAUUCUCUCCCUGAUCGUUAUUAGGGCCGUGAAAUGUGGUGAACAUCUGGAGAUACGUAACCAACUAGGAAACAUUAUUUCGACAAUUGGCUUUUUUAUAAAAAAAAAGUUUUGUUUUGAACGACGCUUGGGGAAUAUGCUGAUAAAGCCGUCGCCUUCUCUCUGGUUUCUGCAGUGCUCGAGGCAAAAUGUUGGGCAGGUCCCCCCCUCUUCUUUUCAUUCCGCAGAUCUGGAACAAUCUCCCACGGGAAAGAAGGGGAAAGUCUGCUCCCCGGAGAUGGUUAAAAUUAGAUUGGGCAAAGGAUGAGAAAACGCAAAAACAGCGGCCUGGCCUCGGCGGGGGUGGAGGGGCACAUUGGAUGCGGCUGUCUUGGCAGGUUCAGUUGGCAUCACUUGCCAAGGUUGGGCCAGGCUGGAGCCCUGGUGGAUUUCUGUGCCAGGAGUCUACCUGGAGUGUGUAUUAAGCACCCUAGGAUCUGUACAGAUUUGGGGACUUGAGAGUGGCACUCAGGAAGUGCUUCUCUGUUUCCAGCGAAGGCUUGCCAUGUUAGAUCAAGCCUGGAAGGCCACACCUGCACCAUACAUUUAAAACCCUACGAUACCACUUUAAACAGCUGUGACUUCUCACAAAGGAUUCUGGGAGCUGUAGUUUAUCAAGAAUUCUGAGAGUUGUUAGGAGACACCCUACCCCCAGUUCUCCUCAAGAGCUACAAUUUCCAAAGUGGGUCAACAAUCAAUCCCUGUUCCCAGGGAAUGUUGGGAAAUGUAGCUCUAGCAGGGAAAUGGGGAGUGUCUCCUAAUGACUCUUGGCACCCUUAGCAAACUACAAUUCUCAGGGUUCUUCAUCCUGUUGACUUGGGGUGACUUCCCAGCAUUUGGCCCCUAGGUUGGAGGAUCCACUGAGAACAUCACUGGACAGGUCAGAGGGAGAAAUGGAAAACUCUUUGGGAGGCCUGCCUGAGCUGUCCUGACACCUGAGAAUUAAUUUAGAUGGAUUGCUUUUCUCCAUUGUGUUAUCAUUUACAUAGGGUCGUAUCCAACAUUACAUCUGCUCAGAGUAAGGCCCCUGAAAUUAAGACAUGAAUAGACAUGACUAACUUCGCUCCAUUGAUUUCAGUUGGUUUUCCCUGAGUGGAAAUUAAUUGGAUUCAGCCCACUCUUUUUCAUAGUGACAUCCCACAUAUAUGCGAAGUUUGUUUGACUUCUGCCGAACCACGUUUGUGUGAAUUGAAAUGGUGUGAUUGACAAGCUGGAACGUGUGCAGAGGAGGGAGACCAAGAUGAUCAAGGGUCUGGAAACCUUGCCUUAUGAGGAAUGGUUGAGGGAAUUGGGUAUGCUUAGUCUGGUAAAGAGGAGAUAUGAUAGCCAUCUUCAAAUAUCUCAAGGGCUGCCACAUGGAAGAUGGAGAAAGUUUAUUUUCUUCCACUCCGGAGGGUAGGACCCAAACCAAUGGCUUCAAGUUACAAGAAAGGAGAUUCCAGCUAAACUUCAGGAAGCACUUUCUGACAGUAAGAGCUGUUUGACAGUUGAAUGGACUCCUGUGGUGGGCUCUCCUUCUUUGGAGGUUUUUAAGCAGAGGUUGGAUGGUCGUCUGUGAUAGAUGCUUUAGUUGAGACAUUGCAGGAAGUUGAACUAGAAGACCCUUGGGGUCCCUUCCAACUCUACGAUUCCAUGAAAGUGUGCAUGUGUCACGGGGAAGGGAGGUGAAUCAGUAAACUUUGACAUGGAAGAGAUGUCCUUUCCCCUAAGGAACAGCAGACGUCUGUUGGCUUCUGCCAAGGUCUUUGAGAUAUCAACAGCUGCUCCUCCAAUGCCCUUUCAUCAUCUUGGACCUUUUUUGCAUGCCUAGCAAUCCACAAAAAGGAAAAAAAAGAUGAAGGCUUCCAUGCUUAAAAUGUCCCAAAGCAAAGUUGUUGAGAAUGAAUAAGAACAUAAGAGGGUCUGCUGGUCCAUCGUCCAGCAUUCUCUCAGAGGCCAACCAGAUGCCCUGAUGGGAAGCCCAGAACCAGGAUUUGAGCACAAGACCCCUCUCCCCUCUUGUGGUUUCCAGCAACUGGUAUUCAGAAGCAUUGCUGUGGAGGCAGAGCACAGUUAUCUUGGCUAGCAGCCAUCGAUAGUCCUGCUAACCAUAAAUUUGUCUAAUCGAUAGUUCCAGCCUUCCUGAACCAGACUUGCAAAUAUGUCUGCGGAAGUUAGUAGCCUGGAACAACACUGACUGGUCCACCUGUUAACAUGCUAGUCGCUGGUGUCAAAUCAGUGGCCUGAAGUAGGGGAUGGAUAAACCCAACUAUCUCCCAAGGUUAUGAAAGUUUUCCCUUGGCUAUAUAUUCAUCCCAGGUGACCAAGCAAGGUAUGGCUUAGAAGCCUGCCUUGAUCAUGGGUGAUUUUGUACUCAAACCAACGAAACCCUCAAUGCCUAGAAACUUGAAGCUGGCAAUAUUUACCCAGCCCUUUGCUGUCUUUUGCCUAAAACUUGGCGGAUUCCCUUAAGAAGGAUGUGGAUAGCUGGGAAUCUUAAGACCUCUUUCCAGUUUUGCUCCUUGGCACCCCUUUAGAUAUCUCUGUGCAGUCACAAGGUCUAGUGACUUUAUUUUUGCAUAGAACACGAAAUCUCCCUUCCGUGGAAUCCGACUCCUGUGUCUGCCGCCGCACGCCCCGAUUCGAAAAGGGGGGUGACGUCACCUCACUGCUUCGGGGCGGUGUUGAUGCGCUCCCCUGUUUGCGCAAGAAACGGCUGGUUAAUUUUCACCCGACGGCAGGCCGGCAGGUUGGUUAGGCUGCGAAUUCUAUACCUCGAGGGGACGUGCUCAGGUGUUUUCCCUCAAACCAGUCCUUCCAGAAAGGCUUGUGAUACGCAGGAUCCCCUAGGUAGAUAAAAUGAAGCAGAGAUCCAUCCUCAGGGCUCCAAAGGCAACCCACCCUGUGGCAAAACAGGCCAGAUGCCACUUAACUAGUUCAGAUUUGCCUCCCUCUUGUUGGGUGAGAGGUGGAUUUACGAGCCAGUUAAAUGUUGCACCGUGACGUGCAGAGAACCUCGACCGCAUAAGUGCAGGCUCUUAAGCGCUAACCUGGACCUGCUUCGUGGGAUAUACAGUAUAAAAAGGUAAAGGGACCCCGCCCUGACCAUUAGGUCCAGUCGUGGCCGACUCUGGGGUUGUAGCGCUCAUCUCGCUUUAUUGGCUGAGGGAGCCGGCGUACAGCUUCCGGGUCAUGUGGCCAGCAUAACUAAGCCGCUUCUGGCAAACCAGAGCAGUGCACGGAAACGCCAUUUACCUUCCCGCCGGAGUGGUACCUAUUUAUCUACUUGCACUUUGAUGUGCUUUCGAACUGCUAGGUUGGCAGGAGCAGGGACCGAGCAACGGGAGCUCACCCCGUCGCAGGGAUUCAAACCGCCGACCUUCUGAUCAGCAAGUCCUAGGCUCUGUGGUUUAACCCACAGCGCCACCUGCGUCCCAUUGAUAUACAGUAUAGUGUGAUCCAAAGAGCUGCUUUGUAUUGACUCAGACUAUUGUUCCAUCUUGCUAUCUAGAGAUGCACCUAAACGUUGCUGGACUAAAACCCCCACUGUCAGCAUCCCUGACCAUUGGCCAUGCUAGCAGGGAAUAAUGGCAGUUGGCUGCUCCAACCUGGAAGAUCUCAGGUUCUCCUUUUGCCAACACUGCCUGGCAGCGACUGACCGCGGUUUCAGGCAGGAGUCUUUCCUAUCUGGAGAUGCUGUGGCAGUGUUAGAAACUCAAGAUAUAUAAGCCAGGGGCCAUGUGGCAAAUCCGCUGGUAGAAGUCCUGUGUGGCGGAGGGGCGUGGCUUGUGGAGAGGGGUGUGGCAAGGGGAGGAGACACCUGUAGGAAAAGUCUUGAGAGCUGGAGAGAGAAGCCUGGAAGGCCGCAUCCUGUCCCUUUGACUGAGGUCCCUUGCCCUUUGCGUAGACAAUACAGUGGUACCUUGGUUCCCGUACAAAUCGGCUCCCAAACGCCACAAACCCGGAAGUGAGUGUUCCGGUUUGAGAAUGUUUUUUUGGAAGCCAAACGUCUGACACUGCUUCCGUGGCUUCCAAUUGAGUGCAGGAAACUCCUGCAGCCAAUCGGAAGCCGCGCCUUGGUGGUUUUCAAACCAUUUCGGGUGUCAAACAGACUCCCGGAACGGAUUAAGUUUGAGAACCAAGGUACCGCUGUACUGAUCUACAUCGACCAAAGAUCUGAUCUGUCUUUGGACAACUUCCUGUGUUUAUAUGUUCCAUUUCCCUUUGUGGACAGUGUAGGGUCCCCCCCCCCCCGCUUUAGCUGAGCCUGCAAACUUGAAGCAAGGCUGGAGGGUUGCAAUUCUGGCUGGCACGAGCCUCCCCAGCACCUCUCCUCUAGAGGGUACCUUCAUAUACGCUGAGAAAAACUCCAGGAGAGGAAACAGGAGAUUCUUUCCGUUCUUGCACAAGUUGAAGGCGAUCCUAAAUGUCACCUGCAUAACAUCAAUAGCGAUGAAGUGGGCCUAGUUACAGGUGGCUCAUUUUAAAGUGCUGCUUUUUCGCUUUAAAGCGGAGAUGUGGAAGUCCAUGUUCUUACAGCUGCUGUUAAAGUCCACCUUCCAUCAACCCCAGGCAGCAGGACCAGUGGUUGGUGCUGAUAGGAACUGUAGUCCAACCAGACAUGGAAAGCCACAAAUUCCCACUCUUGCUUUAAAGCCCAAUAUGGCCCGGAUCCAAGAUAACUUCAGGUUUGCCAGCUCCCCAUAUAUGACUACAAUCAGCCCUGUUUCAGGUUCUGGCAGGGGAGAAGCAAGUGCUGGUGAAGGCUGUCAGGAAUCAUAGCCCAAAGCAUCAGGUCACCCUGGUUGUAUAAGGGAUAGCUCAGUUGGUAGAGCAUGAGACUCUUAAUCUUAGGGCAAUGGGUUUGAGCCCCACAUUGAGCAAAAGAUUCCUGCAUUGCAGUGGGUUGGACUAGAUGACCGUCAUAGUCCUUUCCAACUCCACAGUUCAAUUAUUCUAUCCUUGCCCAUGCUGACUGGAGGCUGUUGGGAGCUGCAGUCCCCACAAUGUGUGGAGGAGGUCCCCACCUUCUGAUAAUAAUAAUAAUAAUAAUAAUAAUAAUAAUAAUUUAAUAUUUAUACCCCACCCAUCUGGCUGAGUUUCCCCAGCCACUCUGGGCAGCUCCCAAUCAAGUAUUAAAAACAAUACAGCAUUAAAUAUUAAAAACUUCCCUAAACAGGGUUGCCUUCAGAUGUCUUUUUAAAGAUAAGAUAGCUGCUUAUUUCCUUGACAUCUGAUGGGAGGGCGUUCCACAAGGCGGGCGCCACUACCGAAAAGGCCCUCUGCCUGCUUCCCUGUAACCUCACUUCUCGCAAUGAGGGAACCGCCUGAAGGCCCUUGGCGCUGGACCUCAGUGUCCGGGCUGAACGAUGGGGGUGGAGACGCUCCUUCAGGACUGAGGCCAUAGUGGGAAGCUGGCCCACCUGUUGGGAAUGUUGCAACAGCAGGUUCCCUGCAUUGGUGGCGGGUUAGAAUGAAUGACCUUCAGCCAGGAUUCAAUAAUAAAUGUAAAGCAAGGGUUCAUCUAGCUUAGCAUGAAAGUACUCGGGAACCCCCUGUGUGGUAUCUCUCUGCCAUCUGCUCACUCUGAGGUAUACUUCUCCUGGGCAUUCAGGUUCCAUUUAGCUACUAGCUGCCCCUCUUUCCUCCCAUUAUUCCAUCCAGCCCAUUUUCUUUUAACGAGAGGGAGGUUUGGAGAGUAGCAACAAGGGUGGGAGGGGGCUGUUCAGUUUUGGCACACUCUUCCCAGUGAGAUUCACUGGGGCACCAUCGUUAAGACCUAUUUCAGCCCCAGGCAGAAAUAUCUCUUUUCUUCCAGGCAUUUUGAUUUGUGAUCAUUUUGCAGGCUGUCGACGGCAGGUGUUUGCUGCUGACCUUUUGUUAUUGCGUCUGCCAUGUACCGUAUUUUUCGCCCUAUAGGACGCACUUUUUCCCCUCCAAAAAUGAAGGGGAAAUCUGUGUGCGUCCUAUGGGGCAAAUACAGGCUUUUGCUGAAGCUUGGAGAGCGAGAGGGUCGGUGUGCACUCUCCAGGCUUCAGGAAACUAUCAGCAAGCCUGGGGAGCUCGCGGGAGUUCCCACAGGGCUCCCUAGGCUGCGGGUAGCACCCUGCUGCACGGAGCGAGGGGCACGCUGAAGCAGAGCGCCUUGCGCUUCGGGCAGACAUCGGCCAGCCCCCCAAGCUCGGGGGACAGCGGGGAGGCGCAGCGCUGCCAUCCCGCUGUUCCUCGACCUGGUUUGGCUUCCCCGACCUGGUUUUGGGGGGGGGAAAUAAAGGAAAUUUUUUUCCCUUUAUUUCCCCCCCCCCCAAAAAAAAAACUAGGUGCGUCCUAUGGGACGGAGCAUCCUAUGGGAUGAAAAAUACGGUAGUUUACUUCAUGGUUUCUCUCGCAAAUCCCCCAAUCUUUCAGUGUGGCUUUAUACCAGGCACGGGGAAAACCCUGGCCCUCCGGAUGUGACUGCACUACAACUCCCAGCAUCCCUGGCUGUUGGGCCAUGCUGGCUGCUGGGAGUUGUAGUCCAGCAACAUCUGGAGGGCUUUUUAAGAACUUGGAAGCCUCUUGAAGAACUCUGCAUGGCGAGUAAUAAUAAAUAAGAGCACCAGUUAAAUCACCUUUCUUCCAAUGGAUUCCAUUCCUUUCUUUGUUACUGCCUGAGAUUUAUGCCAUGGCUUGCCCUACGAGUGGUAAAAGAUCUGUGUGUCCUUCUGAUGUUCCUUUUCCUCCGCCACAACCCCAAAAUCAAACUCUGUGCUUAAUCUAAAUUAUGCAGAUUGAGGGCGCCUUUGCAUAGGAUCCGUCAACUUUCUGUAGACCGUCCUGCAAGCACUCUGGGCUGUCUGGGUGAUGGAAUGUGGUGGUGAAAGUUGGGAAAUGUGGAGGGGACGGUUAGAUGGCCAACAUGAUAAGUUUGGAGAGGGAGGGGAAGAGGCAGGAACGAGUAGCUCCAUGCUCUGAGAAGGCUCCCUCUGCUAUCUUAUAAAGUCUGUGUCCUCCAUGUAUUGGCUGAGUGGUAAGCAGGACCAGAGGCAAAAGUGGGCAGCCAUGUUGAUGAUAAUAGUCUAGUUUAUUGCACACCCCUCUAUACCUUCAUCCCAGUGAGAGGCAUGGUCCGAGUUCGAGGACACAUCCCAGCCAGGCCAAACUCAAUGCGGGUGCGAAGCAGGGCUGGUGAUGAGGGGUGUGGCCUGAGGAGAGUCCUGAGGGCCAGAGAGAGAGAUGUGGAGGGCCGCAUAAAAAGGGCCAGCUGGAUCAGACCCAACAUCUAGUCCCGCAUCCUGUUCUUACUAGUGUUAGAAACUCAGAUAUAUAAGCUAUUUGCUAAACGGCACCUUAAACCUAGGUUACAGUCACUGCAACAGAAUGUCCAGUCACAAUUUUUUCACAAUAUUUUUUAACAAUUCAGUUGCACAUUCCAGCAAUUACAGUAAUUUCCGCCCCCCCCCCCAAAAAAAACACGUGAAUGAAUACACAAUCCACAUCGGUGACACAUUUUUAAUGCCACAUUUUUAAUCGCAGUUGUCAGUUGGAAACCACAAAUGUAAACUGGGCAAUCUUACUUUGAAUUCAACCAAGGAAUGAAUCUGUGGUAGCCAAAACCACAAUACAGUCAUAUCUUGGGUUACAGCCACUUCAGGUUGCGUCUUUUCGGGUUGCGGACCGCCGAAACCCAGAAGUACCAGAACAGGUUACUUCAGGUUUCGGCGGCCGCGCAUGCACAGAAGCACUAAAUCGCGCUUUGCGCAUGCGCAGAAGCACCGAAUCGCAACCUGCACGUGCGCAGACACGGGUUGCGAACGCUGUGGGUUGCGAACGUGUAUUCCGCGUGGAUCACGUUCACAACCCGAGCGUCCACUGUACGUGCUUAUCUUACUCUCUCGCACAGCCCAGGGUGGCAAUUUUACUCUUGAGUCGUCAGCCAGCUGACUUGCACGGCAGCAAUUUUACUCUUGCGCUGCAGUGCGCAGCCAGGUGGUGGAGAUGUCAGUCGCAGUACCUGCAGCAAGACAUUUCAAAUUGGUUGCAAGUAGACCAUUCCCAGUCACAAAACACGCUUGAAUACCGGGAAAUUCUGAACACUGGUUCUUACAGUAGCCAGACACCAUAUCCUGGCGGCGAGGUCACAAGCAGGACCCGGGCACAAGAGCAACUCUCCCCUCUUGGGGUUUCCAGCUAGUGGUUUCAACACACCCACCACCAUGGAACUUACUUGACUCUUGGCUCAGCUAUCCGAAGCGAAAUUGGAGAGAUUUCUCCCCCCUCUCCUAUUACUAGAAUUUGCAGAGCGGAGGUUGUGGGGAGACCUCAGCGCACCACAACAAGACUGCAGUUGCAGGAUUAGAGGGCUUUAAGGAAGGAAUUGAAACAACUGCAUGCUUAAACUAUUGCCCUGGCUGCCCACAUUUUACCGUGUUUGUAUUGCAGGGCCACUGCGAGAACAGGAUAUUGGACUCAAUGGGCCCUUGGUCUCUUCCACUAGGGGUCUUCCUAGAUUCUUAUGUGUGUGUGUUAUUGAGGGGUGAUGGCGGCUUAGACGAGGCCCCCAAAACCCGGUUCUAGUGCAGGGAGGGGUUUACUUCUCCGGGGAAGUUGCGGCAUCUACUGUCUUUAUGAAGUUCAUUUUUAUCACCCAUUUGAAAUUCAUUUAUUUUUAUUUAGCUUAUAAAAUUUUAUGCUGGUUAAUUGUUAAAAAAGAAAACCCUAAAAGUGGUUUACAAAAAGAAUAAAACUAUAAGUAAAGACACUAGUUAAACACUUCAUAAAGUCAGUAGUUAAACACAGCUGUUUAAAACAUUUUUUUGAAAAUUAAGAUCGGCGAUAAGCGAAAAGCAGAUUGAGACACGUGAAUGUUUUACCCAGAGCUCUCCGAUCUCUAUCUUCCUAUGUGCGUAAUGUGUAUCCAUUAUAUCUGUCUGUCUAUCUCUUUAUUGAUUAAGUGGUAUAUAAACCUUGCUGAGUAGGAAUAAAUAAAUGUUCUGGCACUGAAAUGGCUUUUUUUCUUUUUGCUCGAAUCGCCGAUUUAGCUCCAGGCCCAGAAGCUGCGUUUGGCGCAUAGUCGAGGCCCGUACUAUGGCGGCUCUUUACCCAACGUCAACCAGAUUGGGAGCGGCACCUCUGAGUUUCAGGUAACUGGGGACGCAGGCCUUGCAUUGGUCCUGGGCUGCUCUUCCUCUGGCAGAGGCUUCUUUCCCGAAUUUGGUUCUCUUUCCACAAUGUGACUGAGCCUUAGAUAAACGAGGCCUUAGAUAAAUGAGGGCAGAAUUGGGUCCCCCUCCUGUGCUCUUGAAUAGCCAGGGGGCCAGUUGGAAACCUAACAGGUGAUGUUUCCCCCAUCUCUGAGCUGGACCUGUUGAAUUAGUGACUCAGACAGUUGCACUACACAACCCUGCUGUGAAGUGGAUCUGAUUUUUCUAUGGUGCCCCCAGCAGAAGUGUGGGAGGUGGUAGUAAAGGGGGAGUGUUGAUAAACCCUGAAGUUGUAAAAUCUCCUUUCCGACCUAUCUAUAGGAGUCUGCAUGUGAGCGUGAUUUCCCCCACCCUCCUGGCUAUAGGGAACAGUCUCUUGCUUUGGAUCAGGACUGAGGUGGGUGGGGGUUAGGAAAUAUCUGAAAUUCCGAGGCGCUGGCAUUUAAUUUUUGACAUACCAGCCCUCUAAGAGCAGGCUGAUAAACAUCGUAAAUCGGAAGGAGGGUUGGCUUGUGCCUAGUUGUGUGGGUGUGUGGGGUUUUCCCCUGAUCAGUCCCUCUCGAAGAGUUGGGCCACCCACCGUUGCCUGUGUGUGGUAUGGUAUUAUUCUCACUUACCUUUUCCCUCUGUCUAGGAGGAUGCUCUAGAAAACAGGGGUGUUAAAUGAGAGAUGCUAUUAGAAUGGGCAGGGGUGUAUGACUGAGCAUCUGCCAAUAAUAAUACAGUGGUACCUCUAGUUACGAACUUAAUUCGUUCCGGAGGUCCGUUCUUAACCCGAAAGUGUUCUUAACCUGAAGCACCACUUUAGCUAAUGGGGCCUCCCGCUGCUGCCGUGUGAUUUCUGUUCUCAUCCUGAAGCAAAGUUCUUAACCCAAGGUACUAUUUCUGGGUUAGCGGAGUCUGUAACCUGAAGCGUAUGUAACAACCUGAGGUACCACUUUAGUACCUUGGGUUAAGAACUUUGCUUCAGGAUGAGAACAGAAAUCGUGUGACGGCGGUGCGGCGGCCCCAUUAGCUAAAGUGGUGCUUCAGGUUGAGAACAGUUUCAGGUUAAGAACAGACCUCCAGAACGAAUUAAGUUCUUAACCGAGGUACCACUGUAUUUGAACGGCAACCCCUGUCAAUUUUUUGGGGGGGGGGGGGCAAAGACCCCUUGGCCCCUAGGAACUGGCUCCUAUGAUUCAGUGCCCCAUACCUGUGUUUCCCCAUUUCUCCUCUGGAGAUCCUGAUUCUAAAACCCCUUGGGUGCCUUUAAAAGAGGAUUGGACAAAUUCACGGAGGAGAGAGAGAGAGCUGUCAAUGGAUGCUAGCCAUGGUGGCUGUUCUCUGCCUCCGCUGCUGGAGAAAACAAUGCUUCUGAAUCUCAACUGCUGGAAGCCACAGGAGGGGGAGAGUUGCUGCCAUGCUCAGGUCUUGUUCCCCACAGGCAUCCGGUCGGCCACCGUGAGGACAGGUCGCUGGACUAGGUGGGAUCCAGCAGCCAGGCUUCUCUUAUGACUUCUCCUAAGGAAGUCAGAUUAGCCUCAACCAGAGCCAGGGCCUUUUCAACACUGGCUCCAGCCUGGUGGAACGCUCUGUCUCAUGAGACCAGGGCCCUGCAGGAUCUGAUUUCUUUCCGCAGAGCCUGCAAGACAGAGUUGUUCCACCUGGCCUUUGGCUUGGAAUCAACUUGAUCCCCUCCCCCUCUUUCCUUUUUCCUUUCUCCUUCUGUGAUGGAACCCCUAUUUGGGGACUUCCCUGGCUUUUUUCUGGCCCACGUAGGACCAGUCUGGAUAGUUGGCCUUGGUGAAGAUUUGACAUUUUCAUCCCCCCAAAAGUUUUUGAUUUGAGUUUCUGCUGAAAUGAGGCUGCAUUUUAAUGUUGUAUUUUAAUCUUGUUUUUAAGUUGUAUUUUAAUCAUUGUUUUUAUACCUGGUGUUAGCUGCCCUUGGCUGGGGAGGGCGGCGUAUAAAUAAAAUUUAUUAUUAUUAGUAUUAUCAUCAUCAUCAUCAUCAUCGUCAUCUCCUUUAACUCUGCUUCCCCCCACUCCCUUCUUGUUUCCGUCCAGGGUCCCCUCCAUUCGCCGCUGGACUCUGCCCGCGGCACGCGGCACCACGGUUUGGUGGAACGGGUGCAGCGGGAUCCCCGGAGGAUGAUGUCUCCGCUCCGCCGCUACAUGCGUCAGAUAUCCUUUUGGCCUCCCGCGUCUUCUCCUGCACCGCAGGUGUCCCCUCCCCUCCCCACCCACAACUUUCCCCGCUUUGAUUCAUCUCCACGCUGGGGAUUAAAAAGCAUUAAGGGAAAUCGAACCAAAAAAAUAGAAACCACUGCACCGCUCCAUCUGUGGAGUCUUGCUCUAAUGGCAGCAAACUCCCUCCCCUCCAAAUCUCUGAGCCGACUUCUUCCUUAACCUCCUGCUCACAUCGACAGCUCCCCCUACAGCCCUGCCUAUGUUUCGCCACCGGCCGAACCCAGCUGGAGGAGGUAAAGCUCGUGCCGUCUCUUGAGUGAGGUCUGAAGUCCUCCCCCCCCCCGCACUGUGAAAACCUCCAUCUCCUUGCCUUUUCUUCUUGGCCAGAUGCUGUCGGACUCCAUGAGAGCCAGUGUGGUGUAGUGGUUAAGAGCGGUAGUCUUGCAAUCUGGGGAACCGGGUUCGCUUCCCCGCUCCUCCACCUGCAACUGCUGGGUGACCUUGGGCCAGUCACACUUCUCUGAAGUCUCUCAGCCCCACUCACCUCACAGAGUGUUUGUUGUGGGGGAGGAAGGGAAAGGAGAAUGUUAGCCGCUUUGAGACUCCUUCGGGUAGUGAUAAAGCUGGAUAGCAAAUCCAAACUCUUCUUCCAGUCCCUAUUGGUCCCAGUCUGCAUGGUUGGUGGGCAAGGAUGAUUGGAACUGUAAUUUACAACCCCCAGAAAGGUUGUAGUCCAUAACUCCUGGCCUUAAGCUCCCUUAAGCAUCUUUUUGCAUGGAAGAGGAGAGGCACAGCUAAUAUCUAUGGGGCGGGUAGAGGGAAGUAGCCAAAGCGAUGUGCACUGUGGGUGUUGUCAGACUCUCGGCUCCCGUCAUCCCCCGCAGCCAACAUGGCAAAUGAGCUCCUUCCUAGUGGAUGCCCCAAACAAUCAGGGAUCACACAUUAAAUGCAGGGAUGGGGAGCCAGGUGUUGUUGGACUCCAGUGCCCAUGAUCUUCAGCCAGCAUCCCCAAGGAUCAGGCAUGCUGGGAGUUGUAGUCCAGAAACCUCUGGAAGGCUGCUUGGUUUCUUCACUCUUGGUGUAGCAGUUGGCACUGUUGGCAGGGAGACUCAGGGUCAAUUCUCAAAGCUCAUUGGGUCCCCCUGCGCAAGUCACUCUCCUGCUCAGCUUGACCAGCUAGAGAUGGCAGGUGUGAGGGUACCAUUCUGUAUGAUCUCCCCUGCUAAAAAGGGCGGUGUCCAAUGGUAGGCCUACGUGCAGUAGAUUUGCUGAAAUUAAUGGUCAUGUGUAACUUAGGCCCAUUAAUUUCAGUGGGCUACACUCAGCAGUCAUGGGACGCGGGUGGUGCUGUGGGUUAAACCACAGAGCCUAGGGCUUGCUGAUCAGAAGGUUGGCGGUUCGAAUCCCCGCGCCGGGGUGAGCUCCCGUUGCUCGGUCCCUGCUCCUGCCAACCUAGCAGUUCGAAAGCACGAAGUACAAGUAGAUAAAUAGGUACCGCUCUGGCAGGAAGGUAAACGGCGUUUCCGUGCACUGCUCUGGUUUGCCAGAAGCAGCUUAGUCAUGCUAGCCACAUAACCCGGAAGCUGUACACCGGCUCCCUCAGCCAAUAACGCGAGAUGAGCGCCACAACCCCAGAGUCAGCCACGACUGGACCUAAUGGUCAGGGGUCCCUUUACCUUUUUACUCUCAGCAGAAUAUGGCUGUAUUCACCCCAAACAUUGAAAGUGCUUUGAUACUGCUUCAAGCAGUCAUGGCUUCCCGCAAAGAGUUCUGGGAGCUGUAGUUUGUUCUGGGUGCUUAGAGCUGUUAGGAAACCUCAUUCCCCUCCCAGAGCUACAUUCCCAGAGUUACCUGGGAAGAGGGAACGGUUGUUUAACCACUACGGGGAUUGUAGCUCUGGGAGGGGAACGGGGGUCUCGUAACAGCACCUCGAACAAAUUACAUCUCCCAGAAUUCUUCACUAAUUGUUUAAAGCGGUGCCAUAGCACUUUAAAUGUCUGGUGCAAAUGUGGCCUUUGUUGGACAGGAUCCCAAACCAUCACAAGUUCAGCUAACUAUAGCAGGCUUGUUUCCAACCUGCAGAAAUGUAUUUAUAUUUUUAAGGAGGGGAACAUUCCCCAAAAACGUUCCCUCCUUGCGGUCUGAAGUGGUGCAGAUCAUUCCUUUCUCGCCUCAGAAUUUCUCUGCCACGUUCUGCUGCCUCGGUAGAAUGGGGCCCUUCUUUUGCCUAAGACAGGAAGGGACUUUCAAAAUCACUUUCCUCCUCUAAUGUUGUCCCUGUAGCAGGAGGCUGUGUCAAAUGUCAUACAGCUCUCUGAGAAAGCCUCACUUGAGAGAGCACCUCCUCCCCAGUCCUUCACUGCCUCGUCUCUUGGACCUCUGAGCAUGUUCUGGCAAUGUGGAUGGGAGACACAGUGAAACUGAAAGACUACUGGUCAUGUGUCCUCCCUUAUGCAGGGAAGUUUGGUAGUACAUUUCAUCUACAGUGGUACCUCGGGUUACAUACACUUCAGGUUACACACUCUGCUAACCCAGAAAUAGUGCUUCAGGUUAAGAACUUUGCUUCAGGAUAAGAACAAAAAUCGGGCUCCGGCGGCACGGCAGCAGCAGGAGGCCCCAUUAGCUAAAGUGGUGCUUCAGGUUAAGAUCAGUUUCAGGUUAAGAACAGACCUCCGGAACAAAUUAAGUACUUAACCCGAGGUACCACUGUAUUAAAAACACAUGCAUGCAUUUCCCAGUUUUCCUGGGGUGGGGGUGGAAGGGGGCGGUUCCCCCUGCCAUUCUGUUGGGUAAUUAAACAAACCCCUGUGUUGCAAAAUAUGAGUCAGCAAUAUCAAAAGCAACACGAUGGGCCAGAAACAAUUACAAUGUGAAAAACUUUAUGGAAUAAUUCAAAACAUCAAAACUAACUAAUGGAUCUAAACUACAAGAAAGAAGAUUCCACCUAAACAUUAGGAAGAACUUCCUGACAGUAGGAGCUGUUCGACAGUGGAAUUUGCUGCCAAGGAGUGUGGUGGAGUCUCCUUCUUUGGAGGUCUUUAAGCAGAGGCUUGACAACCAUAUGUCAGGAGUGCUCUGAUGGUGUUUCCUGCUUGGCAGGGGGUUGGACUCGAUGGCCCUUGUGGUCUCUUCCAACUCUAUGAUUCUAUGAUUCUAUGAUUCUGUCAUUCUAUGAUUCUAACAAACUGAAGUCUCUGAAAGUCCUUAAAUGAAUCACGGUGCCAGACUUUACUCUGGAACAUUGACUACAUAAUCGCAUGAGCACUGUUCCAGAGUAUUUUUCAUUCUCAUGUAUAUAAUAUCUAUUCAAAAAAAGAUUGGUUAAUGAAGAAAUUGCAUAUCUUUCUACUUACGAGUGUUGAACUAAUUGGCUGAUGAAGAAUUCAACGAAACAGUAGUUGUUAUCCGGAAACACUGUACAGCAGAGUUCAGAGUUGGGCAUCAGAACUGCGACAUUUGCUGAUUAUACAAAGCUUCACAGCUUGCUCUCCACCGGGUAAAGUCAGGGACCGUGAUUCGUGAUUAAGGACUUUCAGAGACUUUCAGAGACUUCAGUUUGUUAGUUUUGAUGUUUUGAAUUAUUUCAUAAAGUUUUUCACAUUGUAAUUAUUUCUGGCCAUCGUGUUGGUUCUGUUGGGUAAGCAGAAAGUACUUUUGGGUAUUAACAAUGCCAAGGGCGUCCUGAGAGGACUCCCUGGCUUGUUUUUCUAUUCAAGAGCAUUAUGGGUAAUUAGAGCGAAGGAGAGGAAUUUUGGGAUAGCCUUCUGCAGAAAGCGCUAUGAUCUUACUUCAAACAGUUAUGGCUCCCCUCAAGGAAUUGUGGGAACUGUCACCAGUAAUCGUUAGUUCCCAGAGUGGCAAUUCCCAGAAUUCCCUCUGAAGAGAGAUUGAUCGUUGAACCGCUCUGGGAAUUGUAGCUCUGGGAGGGGAAUAGGGGGCCCUAAGACUCCCCACAUCCCAGUACCGAUCUUCCUUUUCCUCUGUUUACUUCCCCCUGACAUGUUUCUGGUCCCUUAGAAGUAAUCCACUUGCUUUUUCCCCACCCCAUUGUGAAGGACAAUGCCCUGGGGGAACUUUCCGAUGGAGAAAGGACACUUGUUUAGGCUGCCGGCAGCACUCAACAGGUGAGCCACUUUUUCGAUUCUGUAUUUCCUUCCCCUUUUAUUCCGUGCCAGGUUCUUGCUAACUGGGCUGCAAGUGUGUGGUCUUGAGUACAGAAGGAAGGGCGGCAUCAUCUCUUGUGGGGGGCUUGGCGAGCAAAUUUGUUAUGGUAUCUUCUGCUGCCGUAGUCAUCGAAGAAGUUUAGUCUUAAGGCAGGGAAGAAAUGUCCAAGCCCGCAACAACUCUCGCUGUUCACUUUUUGUUCCUAAAGAUGCUUUCAAGAGAUGCCUUGGCCAAUGUAUUCUGUGCUUUGGUAACGCUGAGAUCGUAUUGUUGCAAUGUGCUCUACGUGGGGCUGCCCUCGAAGGCAGCUCCGAAACUUCAACCCGUCCAAAAUGCAGCGACUGGCCAUUUUAAAGCAGCAGCACCUGUUGCCAGUUUGUUUCCUGAUCCAAUUCAAGAUGCCCACGUUACCGUUUGAAGUCCUAAAUGACAAGUCCCAAAUUCUUGAAAGACCACCUCCUUCCCUACAGACCCCCUCAGGUUCUGAGUUUGGCGGGGGGUGGGGUGCUGCUGUUAGCGUUUCUCUGCCCUCAAUAGCUCAGGGUGGCGGGCGCCCAGGAGAAGGGCCUACUCUGUGGUGGCCCCUAAGCUGUGGAACUCCCUGUUGGCAGAGGUGCAUUGGGCACCUUCAUUAUUCAGCUUCCAAAGGUUGCAGAAGACACACCUCUUUGCCCUGGCUUUUGACCCUUGAGGUGUAUAUUUUUAGGACUCGUUUUUGUGAUUGCAAAUUGCUUUUUUUAACGUUGUGUUUUAAUGGUGUAGGGCAGGUAAUGAUAAUAGCAAUAGGAAUAAUAAUGAAUCAUACCAUUUAUGUGCAGCUUAAGCCUUACUCUUUGCAAAGCUUUAAAGUAUUUUCAUAUCUGUCUUACAAAAAAACAUAAGCUAUCCAUUUAUUAUCCUGACUUUUUAUUUCAUUUUCUGCAUCUUUUUUAAAAAAAAUUUCACCAGGGAGGUUAGUGCAAGAUUCAAGGUUUUUAUUUUGAAACAAACCUUUUUUUCCAGGUGCAAGGAUUUUCCUGCCUACACCCCCCCUUAUCUCACAGGGAUAGAUUUUAUUUUACCUCGCCACCCUUCUCAUCUUCCCUGUUUGUGUGAGAGACCCUGGCCCAGAAGAACCAUCUUUUGCUGCUGCCCCCUCUAUAUAAAAAAAAGAAGUCCCGUUUUUGCUUCAGUAGACAAGGGAAUGGCUUCCGGCUGGUUGCACGCAUCUCUGCUGGGCUCGGCCAACAAUGCCCCUGUUGUUUUCCCCUGGGGAGCGACACGGAUUCUUCCCCCGUGACGUCACUCCCUCCCUCGCCCUUCUCCCAGCCCCGGGUCCCAAAAGCACAGUUAAAAAACUCUGGGAAGCUUGUGGAAGCGAGGAGCCUGGCAAGGCAGCGGCUGUUCUUCCCCUGCCCACGCUUCCUCCCCCUGCCAGCCGACGGACAGGCUCUGCCUUGUCUGGGUCUCUGGGUGCUUUCUCAUUGGCAAUGGCUCUUCCUUCUCUCCCAUCCCCACCGCCCUGUGUCUCCCACCGCAUCUUUGCCUCCGAUCUGGGCGCUAAUGAGGAGCACGGAAGACAGAAAGCCCUCGAAAAAGCAGCACAUAGGAUGAUCAUGAUCACUGCAGAUGGUGACAGCAGUCGCGAAAUUAAAAGACGCCUGCUUCUUGGGAGAAAAACAAUGACAAACCUAGACAGCAUCUUAAAAAGCAGAGACAUCACCUUGCCAACAAUGGUCCGUAUAGUUAAAGCCAUGGUUUUCCCAGUAGUGAUGUAUGGAAGUGAGAGCUGGACCAUAAAGCAGGCUGAUCGCCGAAGAAUUGAUGCUUUUGCAUUAUGGUUCUGGAGGAGACUCUUGAGAGUCCCGUGGACUGCAAGAAGAUCAAACCUAUCCAUUCUGAAGGAAAUCAGCCCUGAGUGCUCACUGGAAGGACAGAUCCUGAAGCUGAGGCUCCAGUACUUUGGCCACCUCAUGAGAAGAGAAGACUCCCUGGAAAAGACCCUGAUGUUGGGAAUGAUGGAGGGGACAAGGAUAAGGGGACGGCAGAGGACGAGGUGGUUGGCUAGUGUUCUUGAAGCUACCAGCAUGAGUUUAACCAAACUGCGGAAGGCAGUGGAAGACAGGAGUGCCUGGUGUGCUCUGGUCCAGGGGGUCACGAAGAGUCGGACAUGACUAAACAACAACAGGAUAGGACAUGGAGAAGAACUGGCCCUGCUGUAGACAGAUCCAGCCCCUCCUGCAAAACAUAGGGUGCCCUCCCCACCCCACGGAGACCCCAGUAUGCAACACAGUUUUGCACAGGAGCUUCAGGGAGAAGAAUUAUGUGUGCGCAGCCGCAGCUUUUGAUUUGAUUUGAUUUAGUAGUUAUAUUCCACUUUUCCAGCGACAAAAUGUUGAGCCCAAAGCGUCUCACGACCAACACGGUUGCAUUAUAAAGCAACAAAAAUCGCAAACCCGGUAGCAUAUAAAUAAAGCAAACAGCAGCAAAUUCAUCAAAACAAUUAAUACCAUUCAGUAAAGUCAAAGGAAUUCAAAAUUUCAGAAAUAUCAUACCUGCACAUUUACUUACUUAAAUGCACACACCACCCUUCUUCCAAAGGUCACAGGACGGUUUGCAGCAUAAAACCACAAAAUGCAUAACCCAGUAACAAUAAUUAUAAUACCCCUUCCCGCUACUAUACAUUUUUAAAACCCUAUGACACCACUUUGACAAGUCAUGGCUUCGCUCGCAAGGAAUCCUGGGAAAACAGUUUGUUGUGUGUGCUGAGAGUUGUUAGGAGACUCCCCCUGGUGGUGUGUGGUUGUGGGUCAAAUUCAAAGGAGUGGUUUGGUCUGUGUUGGGGAAGGAACAGCUAUUAGCUUAUCGAGCUUGCCUGUGUGCUAAGAAUAUCCGGGAUUCCCCACCUGCCCCCUUGUUUCCACAGCAACCUCCUGCGUUGCUGUUCCAGCUUUGACAAUUCUAAAGACUUCACGUGUCAAAUUUUUAUUGAACUUCCAAAUCUUGACCUAUGAAUUCCAGAUUUCAGAUUUGUUGUACAUUUCUCUUUAAACUUUGGCUUCCCUCCUUUCCUUCUGUGCUGUUCUUAAUCCUAUCCCAUUUACACUGGUCCUGAAAGACCUACAUUGGCUCCCAGUAUGUUUCCGAGCACAAUUCAAAGUGUUGGUGCUGACCUUUAAAGCCCUAAAUAGCCUCGGCCCAGUAUACCUGAAGGAGCGUCUCCACCCCCACUGAGGUCCAGCUCUGAAGGCCUUCUGGCAGUUCCCUCCCUGCGAGAAGCGAAGGCACAGGGAACCAGGCAGAGGGCCUUCUCGGGAGUGGCACCCGCCUUGUGGAACGCCCUCCCACCAGAUUCAAGGAAAUAAACAACUGUCUUGACUUUUAGAAGACAUCUGAAGGCAGCCCUGUUUAGGGAAGUUUUAAAUGUUUUAUAUCUUACUGUGUUUUUAAUAUUCUGUUGGGAGCCACCCAGAGUGGCUGGGGAAACCCAGCCAGAUGGGCGGGGUAUUUAUUAUUAUUAUUAUUAUUAUUAUUAUUAUGCAUUCUAAUGUUUGUCUCCCCCCCCUUAAUUCUCCCCUCUACCCUUGCAAAGCAGAACAAAUUCUGAUUCCGCCCUGCACACGAGCGUGAUGAACCCCAAUCCGCAGGACACGUACCUGGGGCCCUCCCAGGGCGCCCCCCCUCCAAAUCGCAAGAGCGGUGAGUGGUCCUUUUCCUCUGUCGGAGGGCAGGGGAGAUCGCCUCUUCCCUCCCAUCAAAGGGUGGAUGGGUCAGAGGAAAGGAUGGGAAUGACUUUGGCCGUCCCCAAUUUUGUGCCAUCCAAACUCCUUGAUUUUUAUUUUAUUUUUUAAUGUGCUGAUCAGCAGACUAGCCAGGGAAAUUUGGCUCUAUUCCCACUAUACAUUUAAAGCACUAUGCUGCCCCUUUUGAACAGUCAUGGCUUCCCCCAAAGGAUUCUGGGAGCUGUAGUUUGUCAAGGGUGCUGAAAGCCUGGUUGAACUUGAUCUUAUUCUGCGCCCCCUUUCUCCUUCCUGCCCCCCAGGUUACUUGGAUAACGACAUGGAUAGCAAAGGUAACCACUGUCUCCUUGCUUCUCUCCCCCCCCCUUUCCUUGCCUGGUGAAUUUCUUAGGCCCUGUAAUUCUAUUCCAAGAAAGGGGAGUCCCUUGCCAGCAAGGCUGGCCUAUACGUUUGGGGCGCUGGGUUGUCCGUUCCCAUGGUGAUUAGGAAAAGGGUUUGUCUACCCCCCCCCCCAGCAAGGGCACUGAAAACUCCCAGGCUGACUGGCGAGUCAGCAAUGGCGUAGCGGUUAAGACUAUGACGCAGAAGAGACCGUAGUUCAAAUCCGCAAAGCUUGCUGGGCUACCUCAGGCCAAUUGCUGUCUCUCGGCCUCAGCUACCUCACAGGGUUUUUGUGGUGAUUAUUAUUAUUAUUAUUCUGAAUUUGCAUUUUAUUUAUUUGUUAACAUUCUUAUAUUACAUUGGUAAACGUUGUCAUAUUACAUUACAGGGCUUACUAUAAUAUAAUUUCCAACACAUAUACAUAAAUUAUAUACAAAUUUUAUAUACCUAGAAAGAAAACGAAACAAAAAAAGAAAGAACAAAGAGAAAAAACAAAAACUAAUCCUCCCCAAAAAACCAUAUACAUACCAUUUCUGUCUUUCCCGUUGUAUAUUCUGGGUUUUUGUGGUGGUCAAGUGAGGAGAGGUGGGGUCUGAACCACAAACACCACGCUGAGCUCCCUGGAGAAAAAGGCGGGAUAUAAAUGCAAGAAAUUGUGAAAUAAAACCACACACAACAGUGCAACAGUGGGGCAGCCACUGUGUAAAAAUUUAAGGCGAUUUGGGUGCCCUUGCAAAAAAAAAAAGAACAUCAGUGCUUCCUUAGAAUCAACACAGUUCCCCCCCCUCAACUGACCGUUUCCUGACAUUGAGACUACAUAUCCCAUCAUGCUCUGGUGGUCUAUGUGCUCGAUCAGGGCAUGCUGGGAGAUAUGGUGUGGACCCAGCUGGGGAAACGCCAGUUCCCUGCAGCCUUGCCUCUCAACACCACAGGGGCGUGGCUUCCCCAGGCUCCACCCCUGAAGGGGAGGAGCCACAACUGGCCUGACCAGCUGUCCUGUCUCCACCUGACCCCAGGGGAUAGCUCAAGUCGGUAGAGCAUGAGACUCUUAACCUCAGGACCAUAGGUUUGGGCCCCAUGUUGGGUGAAAGAUUCCGGCAUUUGCAGGGGAUCGGACUGGAUCAGGGUUUCCCAAAACUGGGUCGCAGACUGUUUUUGGACUACAGUUCCCAUCAUCCCUAGAUAGGAGGACCAGUGGUCAGGGAUGAUGGGAGUUGUAGUCCCAAAACAGCUGGAGACCCAAGUUUGGGGAACCCUGGGGCUAGGUGAUCCUCAUGGUGAUCCUUCCAAUUCUACGAUUCUGUGGUGUUCUUCUCUUCCAGUGUUUCCUUUCCAUGUGCCUUCCAUCGAGGAGAGUCUCCUGGACGACGGCAAGCAGUUGCUGAAGCCCUGGGACACCAAAAAAGUAGGUGAAUUGUGCACAGUUUGAGAUUCCGACAAAGGCUACAGCCCCCAGACACUUGUUUUUUUUGAUUUGGCAUUCCUUGAUCACAUAGGCAUUGGAACCCCAUGUGGCCAAUUGGUUCCCCAUAUCUGUAUAUUGAUUUUCAGUUGACUCCACCUUCCUCUUUUCCUCUCUCAGCUCUCCUCAUCGUCUGCCCGUCCAAGGUCCUGCGAGGUGCCUGGGAUCCAGUAAGUAUCAGCGCAGAUUUCCAACUUGGAAGCCCUUCUAUCCCGGCUCAGUCCCCAAAUUCCAGCCUCAAACACAAGUCAGUCAUUUAGUGUCACCAGUCCCAUGCUAGGGAACGGCCUUCUAGCAGAGAGAUGAUGGGCAACCCUCACUUUUGACUCUCAGGCAUCUCUUUUAUUUAUUCUUAUAACAAAGUUUGUUUCAUUGCAUACCGCCCUGAUAAUUUACGAUUUUGCAUUGUGGGAAAUACAUUAAUAUAUACCGUAUUUUUUGCUCUAUAAGAUGCACCAGACCAUAAGACGCACCUAGUUUUUGGAGAAGGAAAACAAGAAAAGAAAUAUUCUGAAUCCCAGAAGCCAGAACAGCAAGAGGGAUCGCUGCACAGCGAAAGCAGUGAUCCCUCUUGCUGUUCUGCCUUCUGGGAUAGCUGCGCAGCCUGCAUUCGCUCCAUAAGACGCACACACAUUUCCCCUUACUUUUUAGGAGGGAAAAAGUGAGUCUUAUAUAGAGCAAAAAAUACGGUAAAUAUAGAUCCACCUGUGUCUAACUUACCCUCUUAAAUGAUAGGUUGGGGAUUUGCAGCAGGCUGGAUAUUUAGGCCUAUAACAAUAAUGAUGGUGAUCAUGUAAUUCUGUUCUUUUUUUAAAUGAAUAUUACCUCCCCAUGUUAAAAAAGCGAAGCACAACUCCCUGCAGCUAGAAAGGAUGCACGUGCGGGGGUGGGGAGAGGUUUUGUGCACAUUUUCUUUUCUUUUUUUUAAAAGAUAUUUAUUAGGAGUUUACAAGUUACAGAAAAAGAAAGAGAACAAUAAAGAAUUAAACAAAACAAAACAAUACCUUACAAUACAUCAAAAAAACAAAAACAAAAAACAAAAAAAUACAAUAAAACAACGAAAAAACAGAACAAAAACAUUUAAAAACACAUCCAACCUUUCCAUGUCUUUACCUUUCAUAUACUUGUUUCAUCGACCUCCUCACACCUCCCUUUUUUGUAUUCUAGUUCAAUUAGCUAUUUCAGCAAGUCCUUUCCAUCUUUCUCAAUUUUCGUUCUAAAAUUUCACUUAAGACACUCUAACCUUAAAUUUUUUUCCACUUUGGUCCAUUAACAAUCUAUUUUUACUUAAUUCUUUAUAACAUUUCUGCUAAAGCCAUAUAGCUCCGUUCCAGCAUCCUUCUAACAUUCAUUAAUUUUGCAAUAUUUCUGUAAAUGUACUUUAAAUUUCUUCCAAUCCUCUUCCACCGACUCUUCUCCCUGGUCUCGGAUUCUGCCAGUCAUUUCCGCCAGUUCCAUGUAGUCCAUCAGCUUCAUCUGCCAUUGGUUUUGUGCACAUUUUCUAACUGCAGGGAUUUUGGAGAAUUGCAUUAAAAAUGUGAUACCUGCCAACCUGCAUUUGAAGUGAUGCAUUACGCUCUCUGUGUGUAAACCCAUCUGAAGUUUGAGUCCUCACCAGAAUGACAUCUCUCCCUCUGCCGGUCUCUCUUUCAGCAUCUUCCCAUCCCCAGACCAGCCUGCCAACCUGCCUCUGAUCCCCACCGCCCUCAACACGGGGGGCUCCCUCCCGGACCUCACCAACCUCCACUUCCCCUCUCCGCUGCCCACGCCGCUGGACCCGGAGGAGUCCGCCUACCCUAGCCUGAGUGGCGGCAGCAGCACCGGCAACUUGGCCAACACCAUGACACACCUGGGCAUCAGCGGCGGCAUGGGGCUCGGCCCCGGCUACGACUCCUCAGGUGACACCUUGACCGUGCGCAGAGGAGCCCAGCCGGGCAACUCAGGAGAAGCGCUGGGGCGGGGUGUGUGUGUGUGAAGGCUUGGUGUGUGUGUGUGUAGCCAAACAGUGGGCAGAACCACAGGAUAGCCCCACGAUUGGCCCUUCUUCAAACCACCAAACCGUGGGAUAUGGGGGAGCUGAAAGGACAGGAAAUGUCUGUUCUGUAGGCCAGAUGUAAAUAAAAACAAAUCAAAAUUUAUUAUUGUUAUUACAGUGGUGCCUCUGGUUACGUACUUAAUUCGUUCCGGAGGUCCGUUCUUAACCUGAAACUGUUCUUAACCUGAAGCACCGCUUUAGCUAAUGGGGCCUCCCGCUGCUGCCGUGCCACUGCCGCGCGAUUUCUGUUCUCAUCCUGAAGCAAAGUUCUUAACCCGAGGUAUUAUUUCUGGGUUAGCGGAGUCUGUAACCUGAAGCGUAUGUAACCCGAGGUACCACUGUAUUAUUAGAUGUGGGCCACCAGGCAUUGGGUCUGGGGGGGCUGUUUUCACCACACCACCCCCCUGUGUCCCAAACAGGGCCACAAACAAUUGGGAGCUUAAGAGUGAGUCCCUGAUUCGUCCUUUGCUGGAGUAUGGCGCACUGCCCCACCCGUUCCACUGAUGGGCAAGACAGGGAGAUUGCCUUCCUCCAGGGCCACUGGGGCUGCAGUGUUUAGUCGAUCGACUGAUCGGUUAGAUCAACUGCCCCGCCAACCUGAUGCCCUCCAGAUUUUGCUGGCCACACCUCCCUUCACCCUCGACCUUUGACCCUUCCUGGCUGGGGCUGAAGGGAAGUGGAGUCCCACAACAUUUGGAGGGCCCACCACCAGGUUCAUCCAUUUCAGUAGGUCUGCUCUGGGUAGGACUUAGUUGCAUGCGACCCGUCAGACGCUGAGACUCUCGGUUGUAUUCAGUCAAGUCCUGCUCAGAACAAACCCAUUGGGGGGAAUUCAUCAUAGCGCUAAGGAGAUUGUUCCAUCAGAUAAGCAGAGAUUGCUUGCAGUGGUGGAGCAGUCUUCUCUCUUCUUCUCCUGUGUGGGUUCUACACACACAAGCCAAUUGUGGUGGGGGCACCGGGAAGAGAGUGGAGAAGUCCCAUUGCUUUAGCAUAAGUCCUCUGGCGGACUUCCACUAGUGGGAUCUGUUAGUUACACCUGGCCUGUCAAAAGGAACGAACCCAAGUUGGGCAUGUUCAUUAACGGGUUUCUAAACCACAGAGCCUAGGGCUUGCCGAUCAGAAGGUCGGCGGUUCGAAUCCCCGCGACGGGGUGAGCUCCCGUUGCUCAGUCCCUGCUCCUGCCCACCUAGCAGUUCGAAGCACGUCCAAGUGCAAGUAGAUAAAUAGGUACCACUCCGGUGGGAAGGUAAACGGCGUUUCCGUGCGCUGCUCUGGUUCACCAGAAGUGGCUUAGUCCUGCUGGCCACAUGACCCGGAAGCUGUACGCCGGCUCCCUCGGCCAUUAAAGCGAGAUGAGUGCCGCAACCCCAGAGUCGGCUACAACAGGACCUAAUGGUCAGGGGUCCCUUUACCUUUUAAGUAUGACAGUGCCAUUAGCCCAGUGCCAUCUGCUCUGGCAGCAACUUUCCAGGGUCUCCAGUCUUUCCCAUUUCCCUGGCGCCUGAAUCUAUGACAUGGUUCUGAACCCGAUAACUUUAGCAUAAGCUGGGGGCUCCCUCUGCCCUCCCAUUCGGGUGGUGGGCAUGUAUCAACUCCCAGCCCUCUUGGGAGGUCUUCCUUCCACUCCCUUCUGAGGCCCAUAUGGUGGGCGUAUGUGUCCAUGACAUUUUUCUGUUCUCACCUCCAUCCGUGUGCUCCCAUUCCCCCCCCCCAGUCCAAGAUUGCGACACACAGGGCAGGGGGUGUUCAUGUAUCUCCAUGGGUAAUUGUGUGUGUGUGUGUGUGUGUGCACGCGAGGGAGACGUGGUUCACACCUAACGCUGAGCUAAACCGUGGCUUGCUGUGGUUUGGUGGAUGUGCGGGUUCCCAGAGCAAAGAUGCUCAGAGUGAAGAACACAGCUUCUUUGCUGCUUCCUUGUUCCUGUAAAUGAAGCCAUGGUUUGGCUUGGCACAUUGCCCAGUCCUGGGCUCAUGGUUUUUCUUUCUUCUGGGUUCGGACCUAACGGUAAUCUAAAUCACGGUUUAGUCCUGGAUCGUACCUGAGCAGCAAGACUGGGUGGGAGGGCAGUUGUCAUUCUGGGAACCUACAGUGCACCAUGGUUUGGUUUAGCACAUUGUGCCAACCAGGACUCAUGGUUUAUCUUGUUUCCGGGUUCAGAUCUAACACCAAGCUGAACUGUGGUUUAGUCCUGGGUUGUACAGCAGCAACAUGAGCAUGUGGGGUGAUCCGGAGUCCCAUGGCUGUGACCAACACUCUGGGAACACACUGGUUUGCAGUACACCAUGGUUUGUCUUAGCCAGGGGUCAGCUAACUUUUUCAGCAGGGGGCCGGUCCACUGUCCCUCAGACCUUGUGGGGGGCCGGAUUAUAUUUUGAAAAAUAAAAUAAAAAACGAACAAAUUCCUAUGCCCCACAAAUAACCCAGAGAUGCAUUUUAAAUAAAAGGACACAUUCUACUCAUGUAAAAACACGUUGAUUCCUGGACCAUCCACGGGCUGGAUUUAGAAGGCGAUUGGGCCGGAUCUGACCCCCGGGCCUUAGUUUGCCUACCCAUGGUCUUAGCACAUCCUCCAAACCCGAGCUUGCGGUUUAUCUUGCUUCAAGGUUCAAACUUAAUGCUACGCUAAACCAGGGUCGUGCGGCAGCAGGCAGACCGUCCUUCUGGCAAGCUGCUCGUUCGUUUCCACUCCAUAGUUUGGCUCAUAGCUGUCCACCUUUCCCUUUUCUUGCGAGGAAUCCUAUUCAGAAUAAGGGAGUUUCCCUUAAAAGAAGGGAAACGUUGACAGCUAUGGUUUGGCUCAGCGUCGGGUGCGAACCAGGCCUGUGUGUGGGUGUGUCUCCAUUUCCUCUCCCUCCCCCCCACUCACAUUUAUUUAUUUCGUUCUGUUCUUUCUUUUUGUCCCCACAGGGCUGUGCUCAUCUAUGCAGAGUUCCCUCAGUAACCCCUGCAUCCAGUCCUCGCUUAGCAACCCCUCGCUGCAGGGCUCCCUGAGCAACCCCUCCCUCCGCUCUUCCCCCAGCAGCUCCUCCAUCCCUUCCUCCAUGAGCAACCAGUCCCUGCCCUCCUCCCUCAGCAACCCCUCCCUCUCGUCCUCCCUCAGCAACCCCUCCCUCCCCUCCUCGCUCGGCAGCCAAUCGGGGCAGCCCAAUCCCACCCUGCAGCAGCCUCAGCAGCAGCAGCAGCCCAGCUAUGGCGGCUCCCCCUCCUCUGCUUCCUCCUCCGCCCCCACCUCCUCCUACGCCCCCCUGAACGCCUCGCCCCGCCGCCGGGUCCCCCUCAGCCCCUUGACCCUCCCAAUGGGCGGAGACUCGAGAAGGCCGCACCCAAAACAGUUUUCGCCAACUAUGUCACCCACAUUGUCCUCCAUCACGCAGGUACGCACGGGGCGCUCUUGGGCGCUCGCUUUCGGCCUCUGCCUUUUUUGAAGGAUAACUUUUAGUUUGGUUCUUUUCCAUCGUUGUGUGUUUUUCCCUCCCUCCAUCUCAUCUCAGCUUCCAGGGAAAAGCACCCACCCUCCUUUUCCUUCUCAGGUGGUAAUUUUAUGGAAUUUCCCCCCCCCCAGGCCUCGUUUAUUCUAGGCUGCUUCCAGAACCUUUUCCUGGUUCCUCUGUUUUUCCCCUCUGAAAGAUUCCCAGGGGGGUCUAAGCAGGGUUGGCAGCGGAGCAACAGCGCCGGCUGCUGGGCUGUUUGGGAAGUGUUUCCUUCCUAGGCGCCGCGGCACACCUUAAUGCGGCUCAAGCAACGUCAGUGCCAUUCAGUUAAACGUCGCAGUUGGAUCCGUAAAUCCACACAUUUUUGUUCCCAUUGGCUGGAGACUGUUCAGGCCUGUGCAUGUGUGCAUUCUCUCCCAGUCCCUGACUUUAAUGACCUCAUCUCUUGCCAGUAAGGAGCAGGGCAAAGCCUCCGUCUCCCAUCAACUCAUUCCUCCUGGGCAGUUGUGGCCAUCUCUCUGGGUUUUGGAGCUGCCUUUUCCCUAGGAGAUGGCACCAGCUGUUCAGUGGAGCCAAUGAAGGAAGAGAUUGGUUUAAAAAGACAGCCAAGGAGAAUGCAAUGCUUUGGGGCAACCAGCAAUCAGCCAGUUUCCUAUCCGAGAAAUGUGGCAGGCCUCCUAAAUGUAAAAGAUUAAAAAAAAAGAGGUGAAAUUAUUAGGACUCCCGUCCCCCAGCACACAUGCAUUAGGAACCUCCUUGCAUAGCUAGUUUGCAACGAAAUCAGACAUUGUCCUGAGUGGUGGGGUGAAUCAAUAUCUCUCCCCUCUCCUCACUUCACCCAUUUGGAUCUCUUGGCCUCCCCAGAGACUAUUUGAGGGCUCCGUGUAGGACACAUAAGUGCAACCCUGCAGGAUCAGACCCAAACACCCAUCUAUUCCAGCAUCCUAUUCUCAGAGUGGCCAGUCAGAUUCCUCCAGGAAGCCAAGAGGCAGGGCAGGAAGGCCCUCGCUGUUACUCGUAAGAGCAGCUCUGCAGGAUCAGGCCCCAGACUCCAUCAAGUCCAGCAUCCUGUUCUCAGAGUGGCCAACCAGGAGCCAGACCGGGGGGGGGGGGAGAGAGACUUUGGCACAGUGCCAUCCAUGCCCCCCUCACACCUAGCGCAGGGCUCAGCCCUACCCUGACUUUAGAGCUAUGAAAUUAACAGAGAUGGGGCCAGUGGGUAGCGGUGAGGGUCCCUUCCACACCCCUUAAGGCCCUUGGCCAUUGCCAGGCCUGUCCAACAGGGAAGUCGCAAACAGGACCCGGGUACCACCCUGAGUUCCUGGGUGGGGAGAAUGGCAGGAUGUAGAAAAUGGACUGUAAAAAGCAGCAGUACUGUAUUUUUCACUCUAUAGGACGUACUUCCCCCCCUCUAAAAAUUAAGGGGAAAUGUGUGUACGUCCUAUGGAGUGAAUGCAGGCUCCUUGGCUUCAGCGAUAGCCGCCUGAAGCCUUCGGAGCGCAGCGCAAGUUCUCGCUGCGUUCCACAGGCUUCGGGUUCCUUUUGCUGAAGCCGGGAGAGCAAGACUCUCCCGGCUUCAGCAGAGAGGGAGAGCUGCGCAGCGCCCCUUCAGCUAAGUGGGAGGAGAAAUGGAAGGGGCUCUGUUUCUCCUGCCGCUUCGCUGAAGGGGCGCUGAGCAGAGAGGGGGAGAUUUUUUCCCCCCCUUAUUCUCCCCCUCUAAAACAAGGUGCGUUCUAUAGAGCGAAAAAUAUGGUACUUUUUACUUCGAUAUAUGCCCACUAGGUGGAGCUCUCGAUCUCUCCCUUUCCUUCCUUUUCCUUCAAUCAGGUCUUUCCACUAGACUCCUUGAGUGGGCUGUACCAUUUCAGGCUUGUGGGUAAGAGCGAACCAUUUUGAACGUUCCUCUGGGUAACACUGAAUUCUCUGCGUUAAAAAAAAAGAAAAAAAAAGAUCUGCUCCUUCAGCCUGCUUAUUCAUGCAGGAAUAGUUUUGUUUAGCUAUAAGCCAUAGCAAAACAGGAAGGGGGAAAAGGAACUGUUCAAGAGUUGAGCAACGAAUUUAGUUAUUAAUUCCCAGGCAACAGCGCAAAUAAGGAGAUGUGCGCAGUAACAUGGUUUUCAUGAUCAAACAGCAAAAAAGCAGACAAACUCAGUAGGUGUGACUAAACCUCCAACAGAUUUCCCCCCACAGGGAUCUUUUAUAAAGCAGACAUAGAGUUGUAUAUAAUUGCCAACCUCUCCCUGUGGCAAUUUUGCAAAAUACAAGAAGACAUUGUGACUUAUUAUUAUUAACCAGGAAGACAUUGAAUCUUAGCUCUGUGAAGCGUUUCCUACAUGGAGCUGUGUAGUUACUUCUUCUUUUUAAUUUUGUGUGUGUGGCAAAUAUCUAUUUUUAUUAAUACAUGUCCAGAGAUUUCCAGAAACUCGGGCCCAAUACAAACCAGUAAACACACCGGGAUAAAAGAAGUGCUUUUAAAAUCUAAAAAGGGGACAAAAGAAAAAUAGAAGAAGAAAGGGAAAAGAGAGGGAGAGGCAAAAAGAAAAAAGGGGGAGAAAAGAAAAUGAAAGUAGGAUAAAAAGAGCUGUGUGGUCAUUUUUGAGGCAGAUUCAUGGAGGAGGUUUGUUGUCUGAAUUGCAGGGAGUGACUCUUUUUGCGGGAGCAUUAAAUGGUUCCGUUCCCAACCUGCAGUCUGAAUUGGUACAAUCUGCUUUUUUUAGGGAGGGUGGAGUUCACCUCUGAACUCUCCCACCACCGAACCCUCUGCACCCCGCUGCCCCAAUACUUGGCGGGGUGCAGCGAUGUAGGGAAGCCCCUUCCCUCCUUCCCCCUGCGGCUGCAGACUCUCUUUUAACAGGACUGGAACGCCUCUCUUCCCUCUCCAGGGGGUUCCGCUGGACACCAGCAAGCUGCCGGCCGACCAGAGACUGCCCCCGUACCCCUACAGCCAGCCGGGGAUGCUCCUGCCACAGAAUCAGAAGUCCCUCCACCAGGCGCAAGGGCCGGCCUCUCAACAGGGGCGCCAGCCUGCCCAGCACCAGCACCAACACCAGCAACAGCAACAGCAACAGCACCAGCACCAGCAACAGCAGCAGCAGCAGCAGCACCUGCAGUCCCAGUGCCCCUACCCGAUGCAUUACCAGUCCAAUUCUAUGCUGCAGAACCAGUUUGGCCAGCAGCUGGGUGACUUCGGCCUGGGCAAUGUGAGUAUACUUGGUGUCUCCUCGUCACUUGCCCCACCUCCUUUUAAUAAUAAUAAUAUCUUUAUUGUCAUUGCCCCCUUCGGGGACAACGAAAUUACUUGACUGCUCCAUAAAAACACUAAUUAAUCAAGACAGUAUAAUACAGCAAGGGAGAUUAGAUGACUUUCAAAGUCCGGGCUUCCCAUUCAGGGCCGAGAUCGCUCUGGAGAAGAAGCUGUUCUUAAGACGGCUCGUUCUUGUCUUCAUCGUCCUGUAUCUCCGUCCCGACGGCAAGAGCUCGAAGAGACAGUGACCAGGAUGCGAUGGAUCUUUUACUAUGUCCAGUGCCUUCCUAUGGCACCUUGUGGCAUAAAUCUGCUCUAAGGUGGAGAGUGGGCAGCCAACAAUGCUCUCUGCUGCCUUAACAACCCUGCACAACCCCAUCCUGUCCUGGGUAGUACAGCUUCCGUACCACACACAUAAGCCAUAAGUGAGCACGCUCUCAAUGGCACAGUGAGAGAAGGCAAGCAGCAGUUUCUGCGGAAGAUGGUUUUUCCUUAGUAUUCUCAAAAAGUACAGUCUCUGCUGCGCCUUCUUCACAAGCCCCCUUAUGUUGACACUCCAGCACAGAUCCUCUUGUAAAUCAGUGCCCAAAAAUCUGAACGUUUUUGUGUCUGGGAGUUGCAUAAUGAUGAUGAUGAUAAUAAUAAUAAUAAUAAUAAUAAUAAUAAUAAUAAUAAUAAUUUUAUUUAUACCCUCCCGGCUGGCCUCAAUCAGAGCCCGGGCUUUUUUGGCUGUGGCUCCGAUCUGGUGGAACGCUCUGUCACAAGAGACUAGGGCCCUGCGGGACUUGACAUCUUUCCGCAGGGCCUGCAAGACAGAGCUGUUCCACCAGGCCUUUGGUCAGGGCACAGCCUGACCCCCUCCUUUGGCAAUCCUCACAGAACUCUAGCCCAAUGGUUGCUAUUAAUUUGAUUUGAACUGAUUUUAUAAUGAAAUGAUUUUAGAAUGUUGUGUUAUUUUACUGUUGUUAGCCGCUCUGAGCCUGGCUUCGGCUGGGGAGGGCGGGAUAUAAAUAAAAAUUUAUUAUUAUUAUUAUUAUUAUUAUUAUUAUUAUCCCGCCCUCCCUGGCUAACACGAGUAAAAUUACGGCGGCUAACACAAGUAAAAUUACAAUAAAAGCAUAAUGGGGGGGGGGGGGACCAAUUUAAAAUACAAGUUAAAAUGCAAUUUAAAAUGCAGCCUCAUUAUAUUAAAAUAUUAAAAGCAAUAUUAAAAGCAGCUCAAAACAACUCGUAAACAGAGAAAUAAGGCAGCUCCUAAAACUGCACAGCUCAAGCACUGGCAACUCCUUGAUUGCAGCCAAUUCAUCAGGCAGCUUCUUCCUAUCUUCCCAUACCAAGCGGGUGAAGCGAGGGGUGGUUUUCUGGGCCCGCCUGCCUCAGGGGUGUGUGUGUGUGUGUGUGUGUGUGUGUGUGAGAGAGAGAGAGAGAGAGUGCCCCAUCCUGCAAAGUAGCACCGAAACCAGCCCAGGGCCACACCAGUCUUCCUUUCCGCAGUUCGAUCAAUACGGCUACGUGGACAACAUGAGCGGAGGCUUCGCGUUCAACAGCAACGCCUUCUCGGACGACCUGGGUGCCUUAAAUUACCCGCAAGGCGACAACAUGGGCUUGUCGGGCAGUGGGACCACGAACACCAGCAGCAGCAGUAGCAGCAGCAGCACGCACGACCCCCACCUGCUCAACCGCCAGAACCUGAGCAACUCAAACCGCCACGGCCCCAUCCCCAACAUCAUCCUCACAGGUAAGGGGAGAGAGUGGGGAGGAGGGAGCGAAACCCACCCCGGGGUGGGGGGGAAACAUCUUGACAGGUAGCCUAAUGUUUUCGGGCAGGAAAAGUAAGCGCAAAGAGGCAAUUGUCCGGAUCCGCUGUCUGAAACAACUGCGUUUCUUGUGCAAGGCCGGCUCUGGGAACUGCAGAGGCAAAGCAUAGCCAUCGUGGUGAUUUUAAUUGAUUUAUUAAAUUUCUGCGCCCGCCUUCAUCCGAAGAUCUCGUGGCGGUUCGCAAGAUGAAAAUGCAGGAUAAAAGCACAAAUAAGUAGAACAAAAGCAAAACAGGAUAGCAGCGCACACCCACCCACCCCAGACAAAUUUAAAAUACUGUAGAAUAUUGAUCAGCCCAAGGCCUGGUGGAAGAGGGAACGUUUUUGCUUGGCGGAAUAGCAUGAAGGUGCCAGACAAACCUCCCUCGGGAAAGUGUAACACCAAUUCUAGUAGCCUUCGAUAGAUGAAUUUGUCUAAUGAUGUUAUUAUUUGUACCCUUCCCAUCUCAGUUGCCCCAGCCCCUCUGGGCGGCUUCCAACACAUAUAAAAAUACAGUAGAACAUCGAACAUUAAAAAACUUCCCUAAACAGGGCUUCCUUCAGAUGUCUUCUAAAAGUUGUUUAGUUCUUUACCUCCUUGACAUCUAAUAGGAGGGUGUUCCACAGAGCGGGUGCCACUACCGAGAAGGCCCUCUGCCUGGUUCCCUGUAACUUCACUUCUCGCAGGGAGGGAACCGCCAGAAGGCCCUCGGCGCUGGACCUCAGUGUCCGGGCUGAAUGAUGGGGGUGGAGACGCUCCUUCAGGUAUACUGGGCCAAGGCUGCUUAGGGCUUUAAAAGCACCAACACUUUGAAUUGUGCUCGGAAACAUACUUGGAGUCGGUGUAGAUCCUUUAGGACUGCUAUUAUACUGUCCCGGUGGCUGCUCCGAGUUCAGCUGCCGCAUUCUGGAUUAGUUGUAGUUCCUGAGUCGCCUUCAAAGGCGGCCCCACGUAGAAUUCUGCAAUUUAACUACCGUAGAUUCCGGCGUAUAAGACGACUUUUUAACCCCGGAAAAUCCUCUAAAAAGUUGGGGUUCUCUUAUAUGCCGGGUAUGGGUUUGCUGGGCAGCUUCGCCAGGCGGCUUCCUCCCGGCGCGGAGCCCACUGCCCACUGCCGCUGACCAGUGAAGCUGCCACGUAUAAGACUGGGCAUAUAAGUCAACCCCCCAAAUUGGCAGCUGCCAAUUGAGGGGGUCGUCUUAUACGCCCACUUGCCUAAUACGCCAAAAUCUACGGUACGCACCGUGUGAGGAAGAAACUUCUCCGUGUCUGUUCAUCUCUUUUUGCUCUCCGGUCCUUCCCUCCUCUAGGGGACUCCCCGCCCGGGAUCUCCAGGGAGAUCGCCACCGUUCUGGCGGGCAUGCCGGGCUUUGAGAUGGACUCUUCCUCCCUGGGUCUGGAUGAGGACCUGAGGAUCGAGCCGCUCACUUUGGACGGACUCAACAUGCUGAGCGAUCCGUACGCCCUGCUGACCGACCCGGCCGUCGAGGAUUCUUUCCGCACCGACCGACUCCAGUGAAGGAAGGGGGAGGGCCGCAGGGCCGAGAAACGCCACCCCUGCGAGGUGGACCCUCUUGAGCCACGAAAAAACAAAAGGACGACUUUUUUUUUGCUUUCCUAAGCCAGAGGCGCCGGGCAAGAGGGGCUGGGGACAGAAGAGAUUGUGUUUGCCCGCCCUGCCUUUCCACCCCCAACUGCAGUGUCGCCAUCCCCCUCCAAGCUUAAACGCCUCCUAGGGUGCUCUGGGACCGGACUUUGCAACGAGCACUUGCAAUCCCAGGUUAUAGGGGACCGGGGCACGGGUCGACCCCCCCCAGGGGCAGGGAAGAAGCCUCUGCACUAUUUAGAGGCGGGGGGCAGACCACGAAAGUUUUCAGCAUCCUUCCCAAAGCGGGAGAGAACGUACGCUAUCUAGGUGUUAGAGUUCCAGUUCCCUUGAAUCGGGGUGUUGGGGGGCACUCGCAUUCAUGUGAAUCCAAGUGUCUGCCCCCCCUCAAAAUCAAUUCCAGCCAUUUCGUUUCCCCAAGUUUAUUCCUGUGUAUAUUUCGUACCUGCACCCGAUAGCUAUAGAGACUUUUGUAGCGUGCAGAGCAUUUUUGGGGGGGCGGGCGGGUUACGUUCUCGUUUUCUCUCUCUCUUUUUUUGGCCUAAUCAUGUUUUUUAAAAAUUUUAUUUUAAAGAAAAGCAAUUAUGUACAUAACUGCCCUUCUCUCCUGCCCCCCCACCCUCUCCUCCUGAGCUGCCGUGUACAUGUGGGGGAGAGGAAAAAGGGGGGGCGUUUCUCUUGUAAAGCACUUGUAACUUUGCAUCCUUAUCUGUCGUGAGGUCUGGCUUCUGUGCUUGAGUUUGGGGCGGAGGGGGGGAGCUCAAAGUAGGGGGGGUCUGUGGUUGGGGUUCAGCCCAUACCUCACCUUUCCUUCCCCUCCGCCCCCACUGUGGAAGAGAUAAACCAGAGUGAUUUUAUUAUUAUUUUUUAAAAUAUAUGUUAAUUAUAACAACAUUCCGU